AGACGAUAGGAAAAAUGAAGAAGUUCGCGCGGGUUUGCAUUCUCCUUGUGUAGCGAGUUGGGCAGUGUCAGAGCGAGUAGCGUCGGUUGCUGCCGAAGGCCGAGGAAACCAGCUCAAAAGCGGAUUCACUUUUACACCGGUAACGAACAGUUCUUCGCAUCGUACUGUGUGUACGCUGCGCCACAGCUGUGCGUUACCCUUGGCAGAAACACUGGCGUUUUCAUGUUGUCUUUUACAGGGUAAACUUUUUGACUCUACAGUAACUGACGAAGGAACGUGGACAUUAGAAGACAGGAAGCUGAUACGAAUUGUUCUAAUGAAGACAAACCGAGAUGCCGGAAAUUGUUGGACGUCUCUGUUAGAAAAUGAAUAUGCUGCUGAUCCUUGGGUACAGGACCAGAUGCAAAGGAAGCUUACACUGGAGCGAUUCCAAAGAGAGAACCCUGGAUUUGACUUCAGUGGGGCAGAAAUUUCUGGAAAUUACAGCAAAGGGGGACCAGACUUUUCUAGUCUUGAGAAGUAAACUGUUUUUAUCUGUGAUCCUUGAGAGGACUUACAGAUUACACUAAAGGACUGGAAUCAUGUAACUGGUGAAGACUUCAGUGAUCUCUUCAGUGGAUUGUUGUCAAGUCGUUACUUCAGUGAAGAGAAAGAUCGCUUCCAGUAGAAUGAAGACAAAGUGUUACCAGCUGAUUUAUGAGCUGCGAUAACUUUCUAAUACUAAGGGACAAACUAUAGAGAAAGACGUACACAAAAAAGUAACAUCUUUAAGCA